AUGGAAGAUUCUAUAGAACACGCACCUCCGGUAGCUCAGGUAGAUCGGGAAUUGAAUUUGGAUCGUGAAGCAGCCUGGCAGGAAAGGCAACAUAUUUCAUCGGCUGCAUCAGCAACAGAGGCUGAUGUUACGAGUGAAUCGAUAAUUGCAAAUGAGGAUCACGAGGCUACCCCUCCUCCCGAGAGUUCUUCGCGUGCUGCCACGGCUUGGUAUCCUUUCCAACCCAUUGUGAAAGGGAAGCGCACCAAUAGAAAAAAGCCACUUACACGCCAAAAAGCACUGUCCGAGAUUUACCGGAAGACCUACCCCAAAACCACCUUCAAAAAUUGGGAGCGCGUCAUAGGGAACAAGCAGGUUUCUACGACUAAAGGUAAGGAAGAAGCUGCCGAAGCUCUCACUAAGCAAAAUAAGAACAUCAAAUGGGGCAAGAAAAACUCAGAGGAGACCGAGCUUAGAGUUACCAACAAUUUUUCCAACCUUAAAGCCAAGGAAAAGAUUGUUCAAGAUCUAACUGGAAAAACGAAAACCAGCCCCAAAAAACGAAAACCCCCACUGACAAGAGUUCCUGCAAAAGAGAAGACCGAACCACUAAAGGCUGGGUUGCUUACGGAAGAGAAAAUGCGUCACUCAUUUUAUGCAAAGUACGACGACACGGUAUGGGGAUGGAUUUAUGGAGGCACAACCUACGCUAUGGAAGAUUGGCAUCAGGAGUCGCAGCUGGAAGAGCAAUCAAGAAUUUCGAAUUUUGCCAGGGAGCUCGCUUCAGAAAUAGAGGAAUCCGACCAUCAAAGCCAACAUUCUGGAGUGGAUACGACCAGUAUUAUCAACCGCAAUGCCUUGAAAUUCGCUAAUCUACUGUUCAUCAUCAACUUGAGAUUGAUUCGGAGCUUGAAGACCAUGCCUGACACAUAUUAUCUUGAAGAGCAUGCUUGA